ACCCUAACAUGCUAGAUUAUUUCCUCAAAUCAAAACAAGUUUCAGAGCUGUAAAACAAAUCCAACCUUUUUCACUAGUUGAAUCAAAAUCUCAAACCCUCCUUCUUCUCUCAUUACCCUUCUACUUCUUCAAUAAACUUCAUGAAAAACACAACUCUCUAUUACAAUAACACAACAAAUAUUGAGAUCAUCUCUCCUUAUCAUCCCCACCGUCCAUUUCGUUGACUUUUUCUACUCCAAAGUCAAACCUCUUAUUUCUAAUCUGAAAAAAAAAAAAAACCAACCUCAACGUUCACAUAAGCCGCAAACCUUACGAUCCAAACCCUCGCUUUGAUCCGGUAGCCAUUGAAGAACACCUUCAAGACAAGCACACCCAAAAAUCAUAAACCCUAGUGUCAUGAUCACAUGCUCUCGGGUGUACCGUAAGCGAAAACAUGAUCAAUCCAGCCAACGGUAUGAUUUCCACAUCAUCUUCAUCAGCCAACGCGCAGUCUCCCGGUCUAAAGACCUAUUUCAAAACCCCAGAAGGGAGGUAUAAGCUUCACUAUGAAAAGACCCACCCUUCAGGUCUCCUUCACUACGCUCACGGCAAAACCGUUACUCAGGUUACUCUAGCUAAUCUCAAGGAUAAGCCAGCGCCAUCAACACCAACGGCCCCACCUUCAAGCUUCAGUGCUAGCAGUGGGGUACGCUCAGCUGCAGCUAGGUUGUUGGGUGCCGGGAAUGGAGGUCGUGCUCUUGGUUUUGGUGGAGGCAAUGGUGGGAGUAAGAGUCUUAGUGGGAGUAGUAGGAUUGGUUCAUUGGGUGCUUCAAGUUCUAGUAGCUCAAUGACUAAUACGAAUUUUGAUGGCAAAGGGACUUACUUAAUCUUCAAUGUAGGGGAUGCUAUCUUUAUAAGUGAUUUGAACUCUCAAGAUAAGGACCCAAUAAAGUCUAUUCAUUUCAGUAAUUCAAAUCCUGUGUGCCAUGCAUUUGACCAAGAUGCAAAGGAUGGCCAUGACUUGCUUAUUGGGUUGAAUUCUGGUGAUGUCUACUCAGUGUCACUGAGACAGCAAUUACAGGACGUAGGGAAGAAGCUUCUUGGUGCUCAGCACUAUAACAAAGAUGGCUCUGUUAAUAACAGUCGUUGUACAAGUAUUGCAUGGGUUCCCGGAGGGGAUGGUGCUUUUAUUGUUGCUCAUGCCGAUGGGAAUUUGUAUGUGUAUGAAAAGGCAAGCCUCAAAUAUGAAGAGAAAUAUUUUAUUCUUACUUUCAUAUCUCAUGGUGAUAUAUGUGAUGAUAUGCUUGCUUUAAAUAUUUUACAGAGCAAGGAUGGUGCUGGUGAUUCUUCAUUCCCAGUUAUUAAAGAUCAAACUCAAUUUUCUGUUGCUCAUGCACGUUACAGUAAGAGCAACCCUAUUGCCAGAUGGCAUAUUUGUCAGGGUUCAAUUAAUAGCAUUGCUUUCUCAAGUGAUGGUACCUACUUAGCAACUAUUGGAAGAGAUGGUUAUCUACGAGUUUUCGACUAUUCAAAAGAACAACUUAUAUGUGGGGGCAAAAGCUACUAUGGUGCUUUAUUAUGUUGUGCUUGGAGCAUGGAUGGAAAAUACAUCCUGACUGGUGGUGAAGAUGAUUUAGUUCAAGUUUGGAGUAUGGAAGAUCGUAAAGUUGUAGCUUGGGGUGAGGGGCACAAUUCUUGGGUCAGUGGUGUAGCUUUUGAUUCAUAUUUUUCAUCGCCAAAUUCAGAUGGCACAGGGGAGACUGUCAUGUACCGAUUUGGCUCUGUUGGUCAGGAUACACGGUUGCUUCUGUGGGACCUAGAAAUGGACGAGAUUGUAGUGCCAUUACGCAGAGGGCCUCCUGGAGGUUCCCCCACUUUCAGUACUGGAAGCCAGUCAUCCCAUUGGGACAACGUUUGUCCAGUAGGGACGUUGCAACCUGCUCCUAGCAUGCGAGAUGUUCCAAAGCUCUCUCCUCUAGUGGCUCACCGGGUUCACACGGAACCCCUGUCUGGUUUGAUAUUUACCCAGGAAUCUGUUCUUACUGUCUGCCGAGAGGGGCACAUAAAAAUCUGGAUGAGACCCGGGGUUGCUGAAAACCAAUCUGGCAACUCUGAAACAGUGUUAUUAAGUACCAGUUCAAAGGAAAAACCAUUAUUGUCGAGCAAGGUUGGCAGUUCUAGCUACAGGCAAUAGCAUACUGUCUUCAGAUGCAAGGCAUAUGAAGCUCUUUGUCAUGGUGUUGCAUUUCUAUUUGCUAGCAUGGUCGUUCAUCUCUUUUCAACCAGUUGGUUUUCUCAGGACUAGCUUUGUGUGAACAUAGUCUGGUUGCAGUGAGAUUAACCAAUUGGUUCCAUUGUAUAUUCAAGGUGAAAAAUGCCAUUGAUGGCACUUUAAGAGUUUGGGAGGAAGAGAAAAACCUCCUUUGUAAGUACAAACGGCUGUUGCUAGGAUAUAUUUAAUGACACUGACAAGAAUAAUGUGAAGUUGCUCCUUUAAAGAGUUGGAUGACUUUGAGGUGCAUUCAAGUGAUUAUUUAUUCUAUUGGUAAAUGCUUUGUUACAAUAACCAUAUAAUUUUUUGUUGAGUACCUUAAUUAAAGACUGGCUCCUUGAGAUUACCAUUGGCCUAACCCGCAUGGCUAAUUGUGUUUUCUGUAA